ACUAAUUACGAUUGGCAGAGAAAGAAAACAUUCACCAAUGAAAAUUGAUAAUGUAAAAAAGGAGGUUGGAAGUUUCACGUGAAUCCGCCUUAAGAUCAUCAUGUCAAGAAGGUUGGAUUAAAAAGAAGCCUUUCCGAUAUAUUUUUCUUCGAAUUGUCAUCAAAUUCGAAGCAACAUGUCUAUUAGACCGAUAUAUAGACCUAAAAUAGUCAAGAAGCGAACGAAAAAGUUCAUCCGGCAUCAAAGUGAUCGAUAUGAUAAACUAAAGAGAAACUGGCGUAAGCCUAAGGGUAUUGACAACAGAGUCAGAAGGCGCUUCAAGGGUCAAUAUUUGAUGCCCAAUAUCGGUUACGGAAGUAACAAAAAGACUCGUCAUAUGCUUCCUACUGGAUUCAAAAAAGUUUUGGUUCAUAACGUUAAGGAAUUGGAAGUUCUGAUGAUGCAGAAUAGAAAAUUCUGCGCUGAAAUCGCGCACGCAGUUAGCAGUAAAAAACGAAAAACAAUUGUAGAACGCGCUCAACAACUUUCAAUCCGCGUUACGAAUCCAAACGCUCGUUUACGUUCCGAGGAGAACGAAUAAAUAUUUGCUUUUUUACAAAUAUAAUUAUAAUUAAAAAAAAAAAUAUACGUUUUCUUUUCUUACAGAAAUCCUUUACAUAUUGUAUGCGUCGUUUAUUAAAUGGUAGAUAAUUUUUAAAUACUUUUGAUUAAUAGAAAAUAUGCAAAUUUAUAAUUAGCAAAAAUUUCAAUUUAAUUUUUUCAUUUCUAUUAUAGUAAUUUUAAAAUAAUCUGGAAAUUUUAUUAUUUAUAAACGUUUGUUUAGUUUAUAUUAUUAAUUUUUUUGCAUUAAAAAUAAAUAAGCUACAUUUAUUUUUUAA